GGGGUGCGGCCGAAUCAGCGCACACGCGCGCGCUACCCGCGGAACUCCCGCCGGCGGCUCCGCGCUCUCCCGGAGGCGCGCCCGAGCUGCCGCCUCUGCCGCCAACAUGGCUGAGCCGAGUGAGGAGGUAGCGGUGUUGGUGCAGCGGGUGGUGAAGGAUAUCACCAAUGCCUUCAGGAGGAACCCGCACAUAGAUGAAAUUGGACUAAUCCCAUGUCCUGAAGCUAGAUAUAACCGGAGUCCUAUAGUCCUGGUUGAAAACAAACUUGGUGUGGAGAGCUGGUGUGUCAAGUUCCUUUUACCAUAUGUUCACCAAAAGCUCCUUCUAUACAGAACAAGAAAGCAAUGGCUGAACAAAGAUGAAUUGAUAGAUGUCACAUGCACCCUGCUGCUUCUAAACCCAGACUUUACCACUGCAUGGAACGUGAGGAAAGAGCUGAUCCUCUCUGGCACUUUAAAUCCAAUUAAGGACUUACAUCUGGGAAAACUGGCCUUAACAAAGUUUCCAAAGAGUCCAGAAACAUGGAUUCACAGGCGAUGGGUGCUACAACAGCUAAUUCAGGAAACCUUGCCUUCCUUUGUCACCAAAGGAAACUUGGGAACAAUUCCUGCAGAAAGGACACAGCGACUAAUCCAAGAAGAGAUGGAGGUCUGUGGCGAAGCCGCAGGGAGAUACCCAAGUAACUACAAUGCCUGGUCCCAUCGCAUCUGGGUUUUACAGCACCUGGCCAAGCUAGACGUCAAGAUUCUUCUUGAUGAACUUUCUUCAACCAAGCAUUGGGCAUCCACACACGUUUCAGACCACAGUGGAUUUCACUACCGCCACUUUUUAUUAAAAUCUUUGAUUAGCCAAACUAUGACAGACCGUUCUGUAUUAGAGCAAAACCCUUUGAGAAGCGAGCCAACCCUAGUUCUUCCAAAAGAUCAGGAAGCAGCAGCUUCAUCAGAGGAACCAAGGAUAAAUCUUCCCUAUCUUCUAGAAGAAGAAGUUGAAUUUAGCACUGAUCUCAUUGAUACGUACCCAGGACAUGAAACGCUGUGGUGUCAUAGGCGGCAUGUCUUCUACCUUCAGCAUCACUUAAAUGGUAGGCUUCCUCACAGCAUGACCCAGUUGUUGCCUGCAGACAGCCCCGGGGGGACUUUGAGUGACUUGCACCUCAUCCCAGCAGGCCCCCACAUGUCUCAGGCAAUGGAGGUGGAUGGACUGAAUGACUCUAGCAAGCAAGGCUAUUCCCAGGAAACCAAACGACUGAAGCGGACCCCAGCUCCAUACUCCCUAGGCCUAGAAAUGGAGCACAGGUUCAUUGAUCAAGUAUUGUCUACCUGCCGGAACGUAGAGCAAGCCCGGUUUGCCAAUGCAUACAGGAAAUGGCUGGUUACUUUGAGCCAGUGAAAGAGGCAGAUGAGUCCUGCAAGGUUCCCCAUUUAGUGCAAUAUUACUUUCCUCUCUUCUUUACAUGGUUGCAUGGACUGUUGGCUAUUAUUGACUAACCGUAUGUUCUUCAUCUUUCAGUUAAAAAUCUGUAGUAAAUCUUUCAAUUUAUUUAUUAAGAACUGGCAUUCCUUUGGGGAUAAAAUAAUUGUACGGUUUCUUCCUGCUGAACAAUGAGUCUUAAUUUUUUUCUUUUUGACUUCUCAUCCUUUAUAUUUCUUCAUGUGGGGCUUCUUAUUUGGUUCUCUUAUUUAGUGCAAAGAUUCCCCCACCUCAGCACAAUUGCAUAGGCUAAUUGUGUUUUCUUAAUUAAGAAUUUAUAUCGCAGUUCAGUCUAAGAAGAUUAACACAAAUGUAAAUGACGUGAUCUGAUUGUCAUUUUGAGAAACAGAUGGCUAGAUGGAUGGAUAUGUGAAAAGGCAAGCCAGUUCUCUUUCUCUAGCUUGUUCUACUCAACUUAUAGACUAACAUAAUCAAAGUCAGAAGUAUUCAGAUUUUUAUGAAAAUCAUGCUUCCAAUAUAAUCCAUUUUUAAAAUGUUUAUUUAAAAAAGAAACAACUAAUUUUAAGAGUUUGUGUGAUUUCAGUACUGGAAAAUUAUUUUAUUACUAGUUUUGAUAGAUUGUUUUUUUACCUCAAAUUUGGUAUACGCCCAAAACAGUCAAGUCAGCCCUUUUAAAACCAAUGUUUUUUUCCUAAAAACGUGGAAUACCAUUUUGGUUAUUAUAACUUUACUUUUUUCUUCCAAAUGUAUCCAUAAAAUUUUGUGUUUAAAAAAUGACAUUGUUAUUGAGGAUACACAAGAUUAAACUACAAAAUUUUUGUGAGGUGACUAUUAAAACUUUACUGGCAAAAGCCAGGGGGAAAGAAAAAUUGAAAUUAGUUCUUUACUUUUUAUUUUAAAAAUAAAAACAAGAACUUUGAUAGAACUUAUCAGGAAUGAGGUACCAAAGUGUCUACCAUAUAGCUGUAUCUUAUCUUUUCAAAACAAGGGCUGGGUUUUUCAGGUUGAUGAGGUUGGGGUGGAGAUAGGGCCAGGUAAUUUCUACUUUCUUAAUAUAUUUACCUUUUUGUGAAUGGUGUGUGUGUUUCUUCUUUCCCACAUAUCUUUUUAUUUUCCCAAUCUGUUCCAUAUCUUUUGUCACUUUCACCUUUGUAUAUUUUUCCUUAUCUGUCUUAUUUAAGGGAUGCAUACUGAAGAUAUUCUCCUUCUGCUCUAUUCUUUUAAAAAGAAAAACAAAACCAUAGGAAAUAUGAACAAGAGCUGCUCCUCUAAAAGUUCCUCUAAUGGUGAAGCUGUCUGUUUUCCUUUGUGUAUGCAGAAUGUAAGUAGUAGUGGUAGAAACAAGUGUGACACCCAUGCUUUGCCAGUUCUUCAGGCCUCCUUUUUACUUACUAUGUCACCUAUAGAGUGGGGAGAAAGAUGUAGAAAAGGCAAACCUCUCCUGUCUCACUGUUAUGGAAACCCUGGACUUGAUACAGAUACAGAUGUAUCACUAUACCUAAAAGGAAAAAAAUAGGUUCUUUACUUAGGGACCAGGGUUUUGUUAAGUGGCAGACUAUUGAACUGAGUGAACCUUAAGGACACCAGAAGAAUUGUCCAGCCUGGCCACAGAAGCUGCUGUUCUCUCUUGGAGCAAAAAUUACAACUUUUUUAGCAUUUAGGUGAGAAAAUAAUUUGCCAUUAUGGACAUUUUUCUAUGGCCCUGUCUUAGUUUGCUAAUGCUGCAGAAUGCAAAACACCAGAGAUGGAUAGGCUUUUAUAAAAUGGGGAUUUAUUUCACUACACAGUUACAGUCUUAAAGCCACAAAGCGUCCAAGGUAACACAU